AAACAGGGUGUGGUCCUGAAACCAGCAAGGUCUGUAGUAGUGCCCUGGAGUUUAAAUUGAGUUGAGUGAUCACACUCUCAUAGUUAUCAUAGCUGUCCUCACACGUUUACUCACCUCUCUUGCUUUCUGUCUGUCUCCCACAAUUUCCUUGAACCUAUGAGAGUUUCAGCCUCUGGAUUUUUACCAAAAGAAACCUUUUACAGGCAGCUGGAGGCCUCCGCUACCCACACAGUAGCUCUUUUCAUGUGUCAGGCCUCCACCUGAUCCCUAUCACUGGUGCUGCUGAGGCCUGGGAUUCUCCGGGUUGGGUGUGCUGCCUGCUCCGGCUGAGCAGGAGUUGAGAGCUGAGGACCUGUUCUCAGCAGGACUUUAAUAGGAACAAAAGAAAAAGCAAAAGUCGUCACCAUGCUGGGGGAAGCUUUGUCAAACGUUUUAAAGUUACACAAUUAUCUAAAAUCAAGAACCGAUGCCAGAGUCAGAGACUACCCUCUGAUGAAGAGUCCCGUAGAGAUGACCACCAUCCUGUUGGCCUACGUCUUCCUCUCUGUGUACGCCGGACCCCGCCUGAUGGCACACCGCAAACCUUUCAAUUUAAAAGUAGCCAUGAUCGUCUACAACCUCAGCAUGGUUUUACUGAACGCCUACAUAGUGUUUGAGUUCCUGAUGUCUGGAUGGGGCACCACCUAUACAUGGAGAUGUGACCUAGUCGACACCUCCAGCAGACCGGAGACUUUCAGAAUGAUUCGAGCUUGUUGGAUGUUUUAUUUUUCAAAAUACAUUGAACUCCUCGACACAGCAUUCUUUGUGCUGAGGAAGAAACAAAGCCAGAUCACAUUUCUCCACGUGUUCCAUCACUCCUUCAUGCCGUGGACAUGGUGGUGGGGCAUCACCCUGACUCCUGCUGGAGGAAUGGGCACCUUCCACGCCAUGGUGAAUGCAGCCAUCCACGUUAUCAUGUAUUUCUACUACGGACUCUCUGCUGCAGGGCCUCGAUUCCAGAAAUAUCUGUGGUGGAAGAAGUACAUGACUGCCAUCCAGCUUACGCAGUUUAUCCUUGUCUCCGUCCACAUCAGCCAGUACUACUUCAUGGAGAAAUGUGACUACCAGGUAAAGAUGUGGAUCCACUUGAUCUGGAUUUAUGGAAUGUUCUUCUUCCUGCUGUUCUCCAACUUCUGGGUGCAGGCCUAUAUAAAGGGCAAGCGGCUGCCCGUCACAAAUGACCAGCUGAAGUCGAACGGCUCGGCUAGCGAACCCAUCCCUGUGGUGGCCAACGGCAAGCACAAGGAGAAUGGAAACGUGUCCCACUACACCAACGGCAAAAUCUUGAUGGGCAAAGUAAAGGAAAUCUAACUUAAGUGACUGGAAUGAGAAGGAAAAACAGCAGGUGGCUCAAUAGGGCCUAUAGCUGUCCUUCAUUGUUCAUAUAGCAUAUUGGGAUGGCACAAAUUCCAAUAUACUGCUUCUGUUUAUAAUAUCUAAAUUAGUCUAGUCUUUUAAACGUAUGCACAUGUAUUGGGAUAUGAAUGCCAUAUUGUAUUUUGGUGGUUAUCUAACGUGACACUUUUGGUUCUUGUGAAAACUAUUGACUGUGACACACGCUACAUGAAGAUUGGUGCUCAUUUUGUCACUGAUAGGGUUUUUCAAUUCCAGCUUGGCUGACAUGACCCUGGUUGUUUGGAAACAUUGCACCAUUCCCACUGAAAGACUUGCACGUGUAAAUAACUGCUACAAAGCUUAUGCCAAAACAAAGGUUUUAAUUCUAAAUGUCAAAUUCUUUUUUUUUUUCUCUCCUUCUCUUCUUAUUUAUCAUUUGAAAUAAAAAACAAUUAGAUGAAGGUCUGUGUCAUUUGGAAAGCAGUUGUGUGGUGUGCACUUUUGUAAGAAAUAUACUACACUACACAAUUUUUCAAUUGUAAGAAUUGUGGAAAAGAAAUGUUAAACUGUAUAUUACAGUAUUGAUACGUUUUUUUGCAUAAUGAGGCAGUGAUGCGUACACUGCUUUGUGUGAUCAUGCAUGUCUGAGUUUUGCAACUUUGUAUGGUCUAUUCUCCCAGCAAACUGAGAGUGAAGCUAACCGGUGCGUUCAAAUACAUCUGAAUAAAAGAAAUCGUUACGGAGUGGUUGACGAUCUUGUUGUGAAGUGCAAGCUUUUAAGUGGGUCCGACAUCUGCCACGAAAUCAAGAUAAAUAUGUUGUAUGAUGUAAUUGACUCAUGUUUAAAACGUUGCCUGUUUCUGACUUGAAAGCUCAAUGGACGUUGUAAUUUUUACUUUUCACCAUAAUAAAAUAAUUUUCUGAAUCCAUAAGAAUCUCAGAAGUUAGAUGAAAGAAUUGAUGUAGAAUAAAAGAAUGAACAGGAA